GCUCUACGGCUUCGGCGGCGACGCCAACGCGGACAAGCACUUCAUGAACAAGAAGACGCACAACUACACCGCCGAGCACGAGGUCCUGGAGCAGCUCGUGCGCGGGGAGUUCCCGGACUCCGGCUGGCGGUUCUCGAAGGGCAACCCGAAGCGCACCAACGAGACCGCCGCGGUGUCCGUGCCUCGGCAGCAGAG